AUGUUUAUGACACCCAAGGAUUUUGAAAAUGCGAAGGUCAGCAGUCUAAUAAGUCUGGAAUCAUCUGGUGAUGAUGUCCGAAUGGUGUGUGUCUUUGUGGAAUGUAACACUAGCGAAUUAUUUGGCGCGCAUAGAAGCAUCGACGGCACAACUGCGGCCGGAAUCCUGCCACAACCGGAAGGCGAGGCCCAAUCAGCGCAGCGGAAGGCAUCACUCGACGACCCAGCGACCACGAGAGGAUCGUCUACGUGCAUCGAUUUUCAACCUGAGGGUGUUCGACGUCAUUUACGUCAUCAUAGCGUCGCAGGCGUAACAAGGAAGGCUGAGUCGAAAUUGCAGCCAAACGCUAAACGAUCACUUUCGUGCGCGGCUACCGUUAAAGUCAAGUGUCACUUUUGUCAAGGCGAUCAUGCCAUCUACUAUUGGAAAACUUUCGUAGCGCUCCCAGUUCCUCAGAGAGCCGUGGAAAUUCGCAGCCGCAAGCUUUGCGUCAAUUGUUUGCGGUCUUCUUCUCACGUGUCAAGCAAAUGUACUUCCGGUCAAUGCAAGGUCUGCCACGCAAAGCAUCAUACGCUUCUUCAUGCAUCUUCAGCCGCGGAGGCAUCCACUGACAAGGAAGAUGCAACCAAGCCAACCGCUUCCUCUUCGGUUCUGGCAAUGCAUUCUUCAAGCUCAAUUGUCAGCGAACAUGUUAUGCUUUCGACUGCAGUUGUUCACGUCUGUGAUAACGAAGGUACGCUCAGGCCGUGCCGAGCACUUCUGGACUGCGGAUCGCAGGCGAAUUUCAUAUCUAAGAAAUUUGUAGAACUUCUCGGUUUAAAGACGCGUCCGUUAAAUAUCUCGAUCUCCGGCGUCAAUGGUACGAUAGCUAUAUCUCAUUACGUCGUGACGAUUAAAUUGCAAUUGCGAGUUAGUUCCUACGCCGCGGUCAUUGAAUGCAUCGUGUCUGAUCAGGUCACUGACAAAAUUCCUCCGAUCUCUACAGAACGAGGCAAAUUUGAUUUUCCACGGAACAUUCGUUUAGCCGAUCCACGAUUUCAUAUAUCGUCGGAUAUUGAUCUCUUAAUCGGAGGUGAGAUAUUCUGGGAUUUGAUCUGCGUCGGUCAAAUAAGGUCGUCAGACAAACAUCCUACUCUUCAAAAAACACGAUUGGGUUGGAUUCUAUCGGAUCGUUUAGGCACUACCGCAGCAGUCCCUGCGAAGGUCCACUCAUUUCAUGCGUCUGUAACCAACUCUGAAUUACACGAUCAUAUCAGCCGCGCGUGGCAAAUGGAUAACAUAUCCAUUCCCUCGAACAAUUACACAAUUGAAGAAAAUAUCUGUGAACGUCAUUUUUUGGACAACACGUCCCAAGACUCUCAAGGCAGAUAUAUAGUCAAGCUCCCGGUCAAGGAGCAGAUGCUAGAGAAAAUCGGUGAUUCUCGUGAAACAGCUCUCAAACGUUUACGGGAGAUUGAAAAACGGUUCAAGCGUAACCCCGCACUCAAAAUUCGAUACACGGAAUUUAUCGAAGAAUAUAAAUCGUUGGGGCACAUGCGACGGUUAGAACCACCCAUUGCAAAAGAACCGACAUCGUUUUAUCUCCCUCAUCAUUGUGUAUUCAAAGCAGUCGGACAAACGUCCAAGAUCCGAGUCGUUUUCGAUGCUUCUUGUCGUAGCAGUUCCGGCGUGUCCUUGAAUGACGCACUUCUAGUGGGCCCAAACGUUCAGCGGGACUUAGUUUCGAUUUUACUGCGAUUCCGUUUCUUUUCUUGUGUCAUCACAGCCGACAUUACAAAGAUAUAUCGGCAAAUUUCAAUGCAUCCCUCUCAAACGCGCUUACAGAGAAUUCUUUGGCGCAACGACUCUUCUAUGAACGUCGAUACCUAUGAGCUCACUACCGUCACCUACGGCACAGCUUCCGCGUCAUUUCUAGCCACUAGGUGCCUUAAGCACUUGGCAGAUCAGCACACUCAUCAAUUUCCGCGUGGUUCAGCAUGCGUCCUUCGCGACUUUUAUGUCGAUGACAUGCUCACUGGAGCAGACUCCAUUGACGAAUUAAAGCUAAUCCGCGACAAAACCAUUCAACUAUUAAGAGCAGGGAUGUUCGAGUUAAACAAAUGGGCUUCCAAUUGCCCGGAGUUACUGGAAACAGAUAAACGCGGCCGUAAGCCAGUCGCCAUUACACAUAAUAUUACAGACUUUUGUAUUCUCGGCAUGCAGUGGAAUCAUUGUCAAGACACGUUCCAAUUCUCUUGCGAACCUGACUCUGAAAUCGGCAUUGUAUCAAAACGGCUCAUGCUUUCUAAAGUCUCAAAAUACUUCGACCCACUCGGCCUGCUAGGACCAGUCAUUGUGGUCGCAAAACUCAUUUUGCAAGAUCUGUGGCAAUUAGAUAUUCAAUGGGACGAAUCCGUCCCUCAGGAGAUUCACACGCGUUGGGUCACUUUCAAGACCCAAAUGAAGGCGUUGAAUCAAUUAGCAAUUCCUCGAUGCGUUAAAUCCAAUAUCUAUCCGCUAGUUUUGGAGAUACACGGAUUUUGUGACGUCAGCCAGCGUGCAUUCGGAGCUUGCAUAUAUCUUCGCACCAAGCUCGGACACAACGAAUAUCGCUCUACUUUGCUAUGCUCAAGGUCUCGCGUCGCCCCACUCAAGGCUAUCUCGCUCCCGUGA